AUGCCACCGCAAACACGCAUUGAAUUCCAUCACAGCAGUGGAUUCUGGCUGUUGGCUGUAGGAGGUGGGGGUGAGGAAGUAUCCAAAGGGGUUCAAAAACAGAUACCCAAGGAUGUGGCCAACAUUUUUAAUGCCCCCAGCGGCAAUGAAGAUUUUCCAGGGUUCCAAGAUGAUGCUUCCGGACAGAACUUGUUGUCAGAGAACAGCUAUGCUAGUUUUGAUUCCCUGGAGUCUGGAAAAAAGGGAGGCCGAUUUCAGUCCAGAUACCUCACUGAAGAGCUGCGGAGGAUUUUCACUGAAGACACAGACUCUGAAACAGAAACAUUUGAAGGCUUUGCUUCAAAUGAGGUGCAUGUGAACAAGAAAGAAGUUCUGACGGUGGAGUCAGACCUGAGUGAUGAAGAAUGCCCUAAUUUAUUGGGUAAUGAGGAAGAAAAGGAGGAAGUUUCCCCCAAGAGAAGAAGCUUUGGCCUUCGCGUUGCUUUGCAGUUUCCCACCAGAAAGUCAUCUGAGAAGAAAGUGCCUGAACAGUCUUUGUCUGACUUACCUGUAAAGGACAGUGAAUCGCUCACACCUCUUUCAAGAGAAAUAAACUGCAAGUGGUCAGACAAACUAGAGGGCUCCACUUCAGAGUCUGAAGAAGACAUUAAAGAAACACAGGAGGAAACUUCCAGUGCAAUGAUUAAGAGAGCCAUAAAUAUAAAAGAAAAUAAAGCCAUGCUUGCUCAGCUACUGGCAGAAUUGAAUUCCAUACCAGACCUGUUCCCAGUGAAAACACCCACCUCAACUCCUUCGAAACAGAAGAAAACCCCAAGGAGGACAUUUUCUGAAGGCCAGAUAGCACGUCGAAUGAACCCAACCAGAAAUGCUCGUCCACCAGAAAAAUUUGCCUUGGAAAAAUUUACUGUGUCGGCUGUCAAAUUUGCAGAACAUAUCCGUAGCUAUAGGCAACAAAACCUCUUGAAGAGACUCAGUGUGGGGGAUUGUGGAGUGCGCAAAAGAAGGAGGUCAUCAAAGUACUCGUCUCAUCGUCCAGUAGAAGAUAUUACUGAAGAGGACUUGGACAACAUUGCAGUCACUGUUAGAGACAAAAUCUAUGACAAAGUUCUAGGUAGUACUUGCCACCAGUGUCGACAAAAGACAACAGAUACAAAGACAAUCUGUCGCAACCAGGGCUGUGGAGGAGUAAGAGGGCAGUUUUGUGGACCGUGUCUUCGAAAUCGAUACGGUGAAGAUGUGAAAUCAGCUCUGCUUGAUCCAGCCUGGAUCUGUCCUCCUUGUCGUGGGGUGUGCAACUGCAGCUACUGCCGCCGGCGGGACGGGCGCUGUGCCACCGGCAUGCUCAUCCACCUGGCCAAGUUCUACGGUUACAACAAUGUCAAGGAGUACCUGGAAAGUUUACAAAAACAACUGGCGGAUGACAAUUGACAACACUGAGCUCAAGAUGUGCCUCCAACUGGUUAAUAUGUUGAAAAAUUUUGACUUCAAAAGUUUAUUACUCCGUUUUAUAUAAGAUAGAAUUGUUGUGUAUAGUACAUUAAUUUUUGUGUUGGGAACUUUUUGAUUGAUAUGGUCUUAUGCAAAAGAUCUCUCAGGAAAAUGUUUUGGUAGAGAAAUCUACAUGCACAGACCUAUAGGUUAAGUGAAAUGGCACUCUUGAACCUUGAGUGGUUAAUUUUUAAUAGAGCUACCCAAGCACGUGAUAGAGAACUUGAUCAGUUUGAGCAAUAUUUUUAUUUAUAUAAUUGUGCAAGUUUGCAGAAAGGAUGUUUAACAACUACCUUCAAAGCAUCCAUAUCUUUAAAGAAACAAAACACCCUUGUCUACCAACUUGACCUUAAAGAUUCAGUUUUCCAACCCUUGCUUUCUGAACCUGUUAAUCCACCUGUAGUUUAUGGAACUUGUCCCUGCAAAGAAGGAAAGUGUACUUUCAUUUGAUGCCAUUAUAUUCCAACCAAAGCUGAUGCAAUCGACCAGUGGGAGGAUGAUUGUUUUUUUUAUUUUAUUUCAAAGUGCAAUUAUUCACAGAAACAUGAAACUAGAAGAGUAUUUCUUUAAAAAUAUAAAAUAAAAUUUUAAAAAUUUUAAACAUCAUCCCAGUAAAACCAGCAGUUUUUGUGUAGUGCAUCUGCUGCCUGAACCAUCUGGUCUAAAUCAGAGUUCAGGAUUAAUUUUUUUUUUGCUUACAGUUCAUACUUAAAGGUUUUUUUCAUUUGUACAACCAGGCUUUUGAACAACUUUGUUUAAAUGCAACAUGCUUGUACUGCAUGUUAAAAUAUGUUAAAAUUCUUGUAAGAUACAUGUUUCAUUUUAUGUAGAGAGAAUAAAGACUAAUCUAAAGAGGAGUAUUUUGUGAGUCAAACUACACCCAGAUGCUAAUGUUUCCCAUUUACUUUCCCGUAGCUGUUGUAAUGGUGCUUGCAGAUCAAUAAUCAUUAUGUGGAGAAACACAUGAACACAACACUGAUGGAUGAGGAAAUAACAACAUAGAGCACAUAAGUGUUACACUAAGGAUUGUGUUUUUGUGAGGCAAAUCUCCUGGUCCAGCUGACUUUGAAAAAUGUUUAUCUUCUUUUACUACAAGGCAGAUAGAGAAAGCAGCAUGUAUUAUUGAAAGGUUAGUACUAAACUGCCAAGAGUAAAGCUAUUCCUGCCAGAACCCAUUUACCUGACUUCUUGAUUUUCAGAUUGAAAGUCCAAACAUAAGCUGGCCCUCUGCUUUUGAUUUUAUAAACUGGACAUUCAUAAACAUUAUCAGUUUCCCUUUGAUCCACUGGAAUUGCCCUUAAAAAAUAUUGGCAUUG